UCUGUUCGGAUCUCUUGUUCUCGCCAUUCGAGGCAUUGAAGACGCCUUGUAGCUCUUUGCGACUUCCUGAAGAUUGGGUGACCUGUCUGAUCUCUCCUCUCGCUUACUCCGUAGCACAGACCUGCCCUUCCCCCGAACUUCGAGGAAGCUGCUCGUCCCAACUGUUCAGUAUGCUUUCAUGCACAUUGCCUGUGGCUGUUGCCCUCCUGGGCAUUCAAGCAGCUCUUGGCCGCCCCAUCCAAGGACUUGAACGGGCUGAGAUCGAGGAGGCGUACGACUUCAUCAUUGCUGGAGGUGGCACUGCUGGCCUCGUGGUCGCGAACCGCCUCACCGAGUCCGGCAAGCAUCGCGUCCUCGUCCUCGAGGCUGGACCCGACCCUAGCAUUGUCGCCGCCUACAAGCCUCUCGGAGGCAAUCAGCUGCUCGCCGGCUCUGCCAUUGACUGGCGAUUUGACACUGUGCCCCAAGAGGGCCUCGAUGGCAAGAUUCUCACCUACUACCGUGGCCGAGGCCUUGGCGGCAGCAGCGCCAUCAAUGGCUUCUACUACGGUCGUGGUACAUCGACCGUCUACGACAGAUGGCAAGAUCUGGGCAACCCCGGCUGGAGCUGGGCUGAUGUAUACCCUCUCUUCAUCAAGGGCACUCACUUCAACCCUCAAGACGAGACCAAAGGCUUCGACAACACAUACAAGACGUGGGACCCAUCGGCCUACAGCGACGGCCCUCUCGAGAUCGCUUACCAGGGCUACGUCCCGCCGACGGGCAUUGCCUUCAUGCACGCCUGUGAGGCGGCCAACAUUCCGAUCGUGCACGACUACAACACGGGCAACAGCACCGGAGUCAAGCAGGGGACAGCCACGCUCGACGCCAACCUGCUGCGCAGCUCCAGCUACGACGGAUACCUGAAGAAGGUCAUCAAUCGGACCAACCUCGACGUGCUGUACUAUGCGCCGGUACAGAGGCUGCUGUGGGACACGGAGGGAGAGAAGCCCCGCGCGACGGGUGUGCAGUUCCUUGAUCAUCCCUCCGGACGCAUGUACCAGGUGCAUGCGGCCAAGGAGGUCGUUGUGUCCAUGGGCGCUUUCCAGACGCCGCAGCUGCUUAUGGUUUCGGAAUUCUACACCAACGGCACCGGAGUGUACACGGCCCCAUCGGGCAUUACCAACGGGUUCCAGAGACUCCCUGAAGAGGAGCUUCGGGACAUUGGCGCCGGCGCCGUCGUAGAUGCCGGUCUCAGCGACCAGUCUCACAUCGAGUACCUGUUCGAAUCCAUCUUCUACCCCGGCGGGCCGACCCCAUUCUACACGCCGCUCGCCAAUGAGUCGUACAUUUCCUUGACAGCGAGCAGCAUGGUGGCUCUGUCGCGCGGCAACAUCACUCUCCGGGGGACCUCCAUGUCUGCCGCACCCAACAUCAACCCCAACUACUACACGCACGAUGCCGACCGCGCCAUCGCAAUCCAGGCUUUCAAGUACCUUCGCAAGAUCCUCGCGCACCCAGAGCUCGCCAAGUUCACCUACGGCCCCGACAACGGCGAGGUCAGCCCCGGCGCCGCUGUCAGCUCGGACGACGACGACGCCAUCUUCGAGUAUGUCAAGGCCAACACGAUCCCCAACUGGCACGCCUCAGGCACGGCGCGCAUGCGGCGCGAGGACGACGGCGGCGUCGUUGACGCGCGCCUGAAGCCGUACGGGAUCGAUGGGCUGCGCAUCGUCGACUGCAGCAUCAUCCCCGUGCUUCCAGAUGUCAAUAUCGUUGGGCCUGUGUUCAUGAUUGGCGAGAAGGGUGCGCAGCUCAUUCGCGAGGAUUACGAUGACUGUUGA